AUGGGACCACAUGGCCUUCAGCACUUUGUCCUACUUGGUCUGAGGACUGCAUUCAAACCAAACAUUGAGGAUUCACCAGCAGAGCUUGCAUACAGAGAGUCUCUGUGUCUACCUGGUGAAUUUGUCGAUGCCAUAAAGAUAUGUGACAUUAAUGACCAACCACAAUUCCUACAUACUUUACAAGAGACUGUGGACCGCAUGAAACCAAUGAAAGCCACCAGGCAUGGACAGCACAUGAUGUUCAUGCAUAAGGAUCUUGACACAUGCACGCACGUUAUACUUCGCACGAAUGCUGUCAAACUGCCACUGCAACCACCUUACACUGGACCAUACCGUGUGCUGCGCAGGAGUUUACAAACCAUGGACAGUCUCAUUAUGGGCAAACAAGCUACAGUUUCAAUGGAUAGAGUUAAGUCAGCCUACAUGUUCAAAGAGGCACCGACUACACCGCCAAAGAUUUUGAGAGAGGAGAAGGAAGGGACUACAAUCCAGCCUCCCAUUCCACCACCGCCUCACCCACAUCAAGACGAAGCAAAAUGCACGACUCGAUCAGGAAGAUGUGUUCUUUUUUUUUGCCAGGUACAGAGAAGACUUACCACAAUGUGCUUUCACCAAGGUGGCUCCUGUAGUGACUACUACACACUGACACUGCAGUCAGUGCACAUGAUAGUCGCUCGUGUUGAAGUUCGUGUGUGA